UUAUUCUUGCUUGGCUUGGGUUUCGCUUUACAAAAAUUCUUCACUUUAUCCCCAGAGCUGAACCAUUUUCAUGUCAUUUUUGUUUUAAUUUGCUCCCAAUUUUCUUGCCAGAGCAUUCCUUUGAUAGAAUUCUCUUGUUUUAGGUAUUUUCUUCUAGCCAACAACAGCGCUUUCUACAUGUUUGAUUUUAUGCUCGAAAGAGUUUCACUUGAACCAUAGCCUUCACUUCAACGCACCACACGCAUCCUGAUAAAGUCUCGAGUGAAUCAUUUUCAUGUCAUUUUGUUCUAAUUUGAACCCAAUUUUCCUUUCCCAAGCGUUCAUUCACCACACCUAUUGAUUUAAUAUUCAUAAUUUAGAGAUUUCUUCGAGCUAACAACAGUGCCCUCAACAUGUUUGACGUUAUGCCUGAAAGAGUUUCACUCGUUGUACCAUAGCCUACACUUCAGCUUACUAACAGCAAGCAUCCUGAUAAAGUCUCUAGAUCAACCAUGUUGCUCUCCGUCUCGUGCCAAAGUGACAACUUCCUCAGCUCCAGCUUCCUUCAAUCAUCAAACCCAUCUUUCAUUUCCCUUAAAAGAACUAAAAAAAGCUUUCAAAACAUUUAUAAUAAACCCCAAAGUUUAUCUCUUUGGAUUUCGUGUUCUUCUCUCAAAAUUGUUCGAAGCCCUUCACUUGACAAACAUGUAGUGAAACAAAACAAAAUCCGUUUCGUCCAAAAGCUGAAAACUUUGUUACUUUCGAAGCCGAAACACUUCAUUCCAAUCCAUAUUCUCGCUAAAUGCCGUGCUUACCUUUGUAUCCACAAGCCUCGUUCCAUUCUUUCCAUGAUCUAUCGGUACCCCACGAUUUUCGAGCUCUUCACUAUCCCCAUGCCGCCUACUCCGUUUAACGCUACAAAAUCGGGGUACCAACUUUGUGUUCGUUUAACCCCGGCUGCUAAAUCUCUCGCUAUGCAAGAAUUGAAUCUUAAGUCAGCUAUGUCAGGUUUCUUGGCGAACAAGUUACAGAAACUUCUCAUGCUUUCUUCUCAUCGUCGGCUUCUAUUGUCUAAGAUCGUUCACCUUGGUCCUCAUCUUGGGUUAUCUCCGAAUUUUCGGUCCCGUCUUUGUAAUGAUCAUCCGGAUAAGUUUAAGAUCGUAGGUACCUCGUAUGGUAUGGCCCUUGAGCUUGUGAAUUGGGAUCCUGAGCUAGCUGUUCCAUUGAAGUCUCCUCCGGUAAACCGUGGGUUGAUCGUUGAUAGGCCUUUGAAGUUUAAGCAACUGAACCUUCGGAAAGGGUUGAAUUUAAAGCGACGACACCGGGAUUUUUUGAUGAAGUUUAAUGAAUUGCCUGAUAUUUGUCUGUAUAAUACGUCUUUGGAUGACUUUCCAAAGUCAUCCCUCGAGGCCGAGAAAAGAGCUUGUGGUGUAGUGAGAGAGGUGUUGGGGAUGAUGGUUGAAAAGAGGACAUUAAUAGACCACUUGACACAUUUCAGGAAAGAGUUCGGGUUACCAAAUAAGUUGAGGGCGAUGAUCGUGAGACACCCGGAAUUGUUCUACGUGAGUUUGAAAGGGAUGAGGGACUCGGUUUUCUUAGUCGAGGGGUUUGAUGACAAGGGAGUGCUUUUGGAGAAAGAUGAGAGUUUAGUGAUAAGAGAUCAACUAAUGGCAUUAGUUGCAGAAGGAAAAAGGAUACGACGCGAAAAGAGGAAAGCUAGAAUUAAUGGUACUAUUGUUGAUGACUGUGAUAACAAUGAUAACGUUGAAGUUGAAGAUGGUGACUAUGAUGAUGGUGAUUAUGAUGAUGGAUUUGAGAAUUUGUUCGAUUCUGAAGAUUCGGACCUCGAAUAUGAUUUUCAUGAUGAUGAUAAUGAAAGCAGUAUGUUGUAUGCUAAUGGAGGAAAUGCAGUAUUUUGGACUGGUGAUGACAAUGGAGAUUCAGAACCUUGGUAAUGAUAAAUGAUUUGUGAAUAUUUGUAAGUAAUUAGGGGAUAAACGAAAUCUGUGCUCAUAAGCUAUUCGAGUUUGUUUCAAAAGAAAUCCGAAAUCUAUCUCAUCAUUGUUGAAUUAAACUAGAGCUGUUGACUGCAAAGAAUUUAUGUAUCUUAAUACUUGAUUCGCGCA